AUGCCCGAAGGUGAUACUGUUGCUACGUGGAAUGUUCCACUUCAUGACAAGGUCCACAAGAUCGAAUUCGAGCAUGGAACAACAACCGGAAAACGUGUGAUUCGCGUUGAUGGAAAGGAAAUUUUGAGAAGGGAGUGGAUGUUCAAACUGGUCGGAAAAGAGCCGUUCAAGGUCGGUGACAUGCGAUGCACCAUUAACGUCGAGGCAUUGGGCACAUUCGCCUACGAGUAUGGACUCGAAGUCAAUGGUAAAACGUUCCAAAAGUUUCGCGAAGAGCAAAACAAAAAAUUGCACAGCUGGGAGACGUCGAUUAUUGGCGAAGAUACUCGAAUUGUUCUCGAUAAGGAAACCAUGGAGGUAUGGGUGAAUGGUCGAAAAAUAGACACCGCCGGCGAAUUUGUCGAAAAUGGAACCGAGACUCAUUUCGAAAUCGGCCCUCAUGUCUGCAAAAUUGUUGCAGUGAGCAGUGGAAAGAAAAAGACCGGUGUGACUCAUACGCUCUACAUCGACAAUUCUCAAAUAUUGAGUCCACCGGAUAGAAGUCGAAACUGA